AUGCCCCCCAAGCGCAAACCCGCCGCCGCCUCCGCCUCGGCGAGCGGCAGCGCCUCCAAGGCGCCGCGGCAGAGCAAGCUCGCCAAGGAGCACAACGUCUCGGCGCAGGAGGAGGGCGAGAUUAAAGAGGCGUGGGGCCUGUUCGCGGAGCCCAUGGACGGCGAGAAGAACGGCGUGCUGCCCAUCGACGACGUCAAGUCGGCCCUCAUCGCCCUCGGCAUCCCCCCCUCGUCGCGCGCCGAGCUCGCCGAGUUCCGCUCCAUCCUCGACCCCUCGUCCGACGGCUACGCCACGUACGAGCCCUUCUUCGCCAUCUGCGCGCUCAAGCUGCACGCGCGCAGCGACGCCGAGGACGACGACGCGCACCGCGCCGCCGUCGACGAGGCCUUCCGGCUCUUCACCAACGGCGACGCAGAGGGGCCCAUCACGCUCGCGCACCUGCGCCGCGUCGCCGCCGUGCUCAAGGAGGACGUCGACGAGGAGCUCCUCAAGGAUAUGAUUCUCGAGGCAAACGGCGGGACCGGCGUCGCGCGCGGCGUCCGCGUCGACGAGUUUGACGAGGUGAUGCGCAACGCCGGCGUGUGGAGGUGA